CGCAGUGGCAACGGAGAGAGCUGAAGCUCAGGAAAUCAGAACAGGAACACAAUGUCCUUCCCCGGAGUCACUAACUGGUGCUCUAUGCUCCCUUGGAUUAGCCUUCUUAUUCAAAUUGCCAACUGCUCGCUGGCUAAUCCUACGCCCAAUCCCGCGCAGCUGCCAACGCCACACACUUUCCGCUUCCAGAAUCCGCUGCAGUGCCUCAAGAACGAGUUCUACAACCUCAACCUAUUCGACUGUGUGCCCUGCAACGAGGUCGUACCUGGAGACGGGGGUUUGGGAAAACUGCAGCCCGACAAAUUUUCUUGCAAGUGUCCGAUUGGCCACCUAUCCAUCUAUGAGCGCGGCAAGACUUGGCCCACCUGCGACGAGAUUUGCACCCCGGACAGGAACGACAACUGCACCUCGGUGUGGCUUCCGCAGCCACGUCCCUCCUCCCAAUGCAGUUAUCGGUAUCUCAACUCAACGUCGGUCUUUGCCAACCAGUUGCCGGUGCAUCCGCUUAUUUCCGGGAUUAUCCUGACCAGGACCAAUCCGUCGAACAGUGGGGGCGAUUGCCAUUCCUGCGAGUUGGGUCACAAUUUCCGGUACCAGGACUUCUGCCUGGCCAGUACCCUGCUCCGGCCGUAUCUGCACUACAACGCCUUCUGGCAGGCCACCACCAACGCCAGACCGGAUUCGGGGUCACCCAGCCACUUUGGUGACCUCAAGUUCGUGGCCUUCUUCUGCCUCACCCUGCGGAACGACACGGCCUGCCAGCAACUGGCCAAUCUCUGCGUGCUCUCGCACUUUUCGCUGGAAAAGCACUCGCCCUGCAGCGCCUUCCUGCUCACCCAGGUCUCGGAUGUGGUGAUGAAGUAUGCCCACUCCGGCGAGCAGGUGCGCUCCCUGCAGCCCUUCCUCUUCUACAAGAAGGGUCGCUCCACCAAGGAGUUGCUCUCGAAGACGCUCCAGAUGACGGAUCGCCAGGAGCUCCGGCUGUUCAGCACGACCUUUGGCCUGGAUGGAGGACUCAAGCGGUGGGGUGCCUUUCACCCGGAGAUGCUCAACAUGUGCCCGCAGGCAGCUCCAAAUCUGCGAGUGGCUCUGCCCAAGCAGGAGUCGCAGGUCUCCUGUCAACUAGCCCUGGACCGGCUCAUUGAUCUGGCCAACCAGAGGGCCAACGAUGAGUUCCUCACCGUUUACCUCAACUUCAGCAGCAACUGGCAGUUCCUGCUUCACCAGCUGCCCGUGCUCAUCGAGAACCUAACGCCGGAGAAUCAGAGAUCCCAGCCGGAGGAGUGGCAGCUGGUGAAGCGGUUCCAGCUCAUCUCGGCCGCUCCGCGGGACAAUCGCCUCCACCAGACAUUGCCGCGCUACGAGGAUGGCCACAAGCUGCAGCUGUACUACUCAUUGCGCUAUGCGGAGGACAUAGAGCUGCACUACACCCUGGACAGGGAUCAGCCCGAUAGGGUGGGUCUGCCGCUCAUCCGCCUGCGUUACCGUCACAUUGAGAUGGGAUCGGGAAAUGCCUCGCUAAGCCAGCUGUAUCCGUUCCGCUUGAGGAUUAGCUACGAGCAAGUGAAACGAGGAUGGGACCGGUUGGUUCUGGAGGUGGCGAUGCCCCUGCUCCUGUUGCUGGCGCUCGCAGCGGCCGUCUUCCGGCUCCAGAAUCUGCGGAGGAGAAGAAAGACGGAUCUGUGCCAGUUAAGCAGCCUAAUGGAGCUCCUGCUGCAGCUGGCCGGGAGUGUGGCCUACGCUCUACUGGCCACGGCCCUGCUGCUUCUGCUGCUGCAGGCCUCCAGUCCACGCCUGCUGAAGCUACUGCUCUAUCCCGCCAGUGGGCUGCAGUUGCUCUUCCUGGCCGCCCAGCUGUGGCGCUCCAGCCAGCUGGAACUGUUCCUCAUCGACUGGGAGCGGCCGCGGAGCAGCUGCGAGGGCCAGCGCCUGAACCUGGACAGCUCCUCGCUGUGCUCCAGUGUGCGCACCUUUGUCGCCGAGAGCAGCGUCUCCGCCUGGCGGGUGCUCUUCACGGCCAAUGCCUGGAUUCGCCUGAGUGUGAGCCAGAGGUACUCCACCUUGGGUCAGGUGUUUGUGCUCAUCGCUGGCUAUCAGUUGCUGGAGCGGUUUACCGGCGAUCUUGGCCUGCGCUGCUGCUUGAUAGCCGCCCUUUACCUGCUCACCUAUCUGCUUCAGUUGAUAGGCCACCGCCUGCUUGUGGCCAAUCCCCUGCAGAAGUUCAUCGACCUCUGCAGUCUGGCCAACAUCUCGCUGUUCUCGCUGACGGAGCCCGGCUUUGGCUACUACAUUCACGGCCGAUCCCCACACGGCUUUGCCGACACGGACAUGUCCUCGAUGAUACUGCAGCUCCAGAGGACCCAGACCAUGUCGGGGCGACGGGGAUUGCUAAUGGACUCGGACAAGCAGGCCUACAUCAUCCUGCCGCCCAGGAAUCUUCACAUCUACCUGGAGCGGCUGCUGCUGCCCUUCCAGCGAAGCCUCACCGGCAGCCUGUCGCAGACCCUUCUCUACCAGAAGGACAUCGUCCCCAGCAUCGAUGGCCAGAUGGAGCGCACCUCCAUUGCAUAUGCCAGUGUCAAUCGAUUCUUCUGCGCCUUCAUCGAUCAUGCCAUCAAGGACAUGGACUAUAUAAUCAAAGAGAAGUCCUUUGUGGAGCAACUGCUUAACUGCGAAAUCGACAACUACAUUACGGAAAACAAGGGUACCUUUUAUAUCGACGAUUCGUUUGGCUUCUCCCGCGUUCUCCUGUUGGGAAACCAUUUGCACAUCUUUGUGCUGGAGCUGCUCCUGCUGCUGUCGAUUUUCCUGAUGACCUCGAACCUGUUGAUUGCAGCUGCUGCAGCUUGUGUGUUUAAUAUUUUGCUCCGCCAAGUGUUUCGCCAUUGGGUGCGUCGCAAUGUCUCCCGUAAAACACUCAUCGACGAAAGAUUCCUCUUGUAGCCACAAGGCGA